CCUCGCAGAUGGAUAACAUAAAUACAGCAUGUAAAGGAUGCUUCGUGAUGGGGAAUGUUAGACCGUUAAUGUGAUAGAAAAACAUUUGUGGACAAAAGAGUUAAAAACCCAGCACGUUGAUGAGAAGACAUGCUUUACAAACGGUAAUGAGAUGUCAUUGAUGCCACACCUUGUCAGCAGACUGAAUGGGUUCUAAUGAUGCAGACAUUGGAGGUUCAGUGAAGGCUAUGGCCAUGUCUCUGAGGUUAGAGAGUGUACACAAAACAUUGACUAAUUACUCUCCUUCAUCAUAAUAUCUAUCAACAGUGAUUUGGAGAAUAUCUUAUAAGGUCCAAAUCACUUGAGAUCAAAAUGGCUGCAGCACGACCGAAAUUGACGGAGCUCGCUGAUUGGUCCAACAUUCAUGUGAUCAGUGAGAAUGUGGAAACUCCAGGAAGUCUAAGUAUUGGACAGCAAUCGUCUGUGAGCGGGUUUUCAAUGAAUAGUCGCUGUCAGUUCCUCAAGGGCAAGACAGAGAAAGAUGCUUAUGUGGAGGCCCGCAUACAGACCAUGAAGGAGGAUGACAAACACAAGGAUAACCCUGACAACCAGGAGUGUGGCCUCGGGCAGUGUCGACCGUCCUGCCUCCAAUAUUUUGCCAACAUCAAGGCAUUCGUGAUAUGUAUGAGUCUGCUACUGGCUACCUCUGGCACCAUGUCUACUGGGUACUUCAACAGUGUCAUCACAACCAUAGAAAAACGAUUCGAAAUCGGGAGCUCCGUGUCGGGCCUUAUAGCAGCUUCGUAUGAAUUUGGUUCAUUAGUGACAGUCAUCUUUAUCAGCUAUUUAGGUGGUCGACGUCAUAUCCCACGCUGGAUUGGUUAUGGGAUUAUAUUUAUGGGGUUUGGAGCUUUGCUGAUAGUGUUGCCGCAUAUCCUUGCAGAGAAAUACACAGUUAACCAAGGCAUCAUGUCGAACGUAACGGAGGAAAACAUCUGUAAGGUUGAGGACAAGAGCGGCCCGUACGGGGACAAAUGUAUCAGCGAGGGCUCCGGGAACGUUGGCAAUGUACUGAUUCUCAUCUUUGCUCAGGUGCUCAUUGGGACGGGUGGCACACCCAUUCUCACGCUCGGAACGACGUAUGUUGAUGAUCACGUGUCCAAGGAUAAGGCUCCGGUCUACUUAGCAUUCAUCUAUGCGUCUGGAGUAUUGGGCCCUGUGUUAGGAUAUGCCCUUGGCGCCUUGCUGUUGCAAUACUAUGUUGACAUGUUCAUCUACGAGGUUGACAUUGUACCAGGCGAUCCACAGUGGAUUGGUGCUUGGUGGGGAGGGUUUAUCAUUUGUGGAGGCAUUUUCUUUACAUUAUCAAUUCCGUUCAUGGCAUUUCCGAAAGUCCUGGUAAAGGAGAAGCGUAAGCUGAUGGCUAAAGCUAAAGAAGAUCUACUUGGCCAAGAUGAUCUACAGUCCAGACAUAGUGACGACUACGGCAAAACCAUUAAAGACAUUCCACGCUCCAUCCUUAACUUACUGACCAAUAAGAUCUACCUGAUCACUUGCCUUGGGAUCUGCUGUGAGAUAUCCAUCGUCAGUGGAUUUGUCGUCUUCCUUCCCAAGUACCUGGAGACUCAGUUUGGGACGUCCAAGUCUGUAGCUAAUUUAUUUACAGGAGGUAUCGGCAUACCAGGAGCAGUGGUCGGUAUUUUAGUAGGCGGGUUUAUUCUCAAACGUUUCCAGUUACGACCAAAAGGUGCAGUCCAGCUUGCGCUUGUGUUGGAUAUUUUAGCUUUUAUGGGUUUCAUAUCAUUCUUUGUCCUUGGAUGCGAAAACCUUAAGAUAGCUGGUGCCACCUAUCCCUAUAGCGCUUACUUUAAUAGCUCGGAGAUGGAGCAGAUAAAUGUUGAGACAAAUCUAACGUCGUCCUGUAACAUGGAUUGUGCCUGUUCCAAUAAUGACCUUGAGCCAAUAUGUGGGAUUAACGGCAUUACUUACUUCUCUCCGUGUCACGCAGGCUGUACACGGUUCUAUAGCUACAUCACCCCGCAGGAAAAACUUAUGAAUUUCAGUGGCUGUUCCUGUAUAAUGGACAAUAUCAGCAUAUCACCCGAGGUGAUCAUGUCGCCUGUGGCCACCAAAGGUCCGUGUAAAUCUACCUGUCAGAACCUCUUCCCCUUCCUCAUUCUCCUAGUAGGGGUGACAUUCACUGUGGCUGGUACACAGAUGCCCCUCCUCAUGGUUACACUUAGGUCGGUUCAUGAAGAAGAGAGAUGUUUUGCACUCGGCAUGCAGUUUGUGAUACUAAGGCUGUUUGCCUACAUCCCCUCACCGAUCAUGUUUGGUAAUACUAUAGACACUGCCUGUUUGUUAUGGAAGGAGAGGUGCGGGCGCCAUGGAUCCUGUCUUGUCUAUGACAUUGUCCAGUUUAGAUACAAAUAUGUCGGCAUAUCAGCUGGUCUGAAACUGCUUGGUGCUACGUUGUUUCUGAUUGUGUGGUUUCUGAUAAAGAAGCGAAAUGAACAGGAUAUGCAAAACACACUCUCAGUCAGUGAAAUGAUGAAUUCUGUGAACUCCAUUAACAAAAUGGAUAUGGAUUAUGACCAACGGUCAAAACAUCAUCGGACGUCAAGUCAAGGUAGUCGUGACAAUGACCAUAGGGCUUGGCACCGACGUACUCAUAGCCAAACGUCCAGUUGUCAUGACAACGGCAUGCCAGCACACACCCAGGUGACAGUGGACCAUUGUAGCAACAUCUACACACACGACCACAAUCACUACAGUGACAGUGACUCGGACACCCCAGAGACAAGCUUCUCAUUAACCAGACCAUUCGAGUCAACUGUAUGAUUGUAGGUUAUGAGAAAUUUAGUGUUUUGUGUUUUACACUUUCAUGUUUGGAUGAAGCCUACACUUCUGAUUUCAGAUGUGGAAGGUAUUUUGUUUUUGCGAACUUUUGUGUAUAUAAAUGUAUGGUUAUAGUAUCAACUUGCAUGUAGGAAGAUCAACAAAGAUCAGUGUAAAUAGUGUGUUUGCUCUUUGUGGAUACUGUGUAUGUGAAUAUAUGAUAUUGUGACACCUACGUUGAGCUAUCGACUCCUAUCAUUAACAUGGUCAUACUUAAUGUGAAAACAAAUUGUGAUAUUUGAGUUUACGAGAUGAUGUAAAUAUAAUAUCAUAUAUAUUGUGAGUUAUGUGAACUGAGGUAAGUGUACAGGUGUGAUAACGACUAUUUACUAUUUCACCUGACAUUUCCGCAGGUGUUACAAUUAUAUUUUUUGCUGUGAAUCUGAUUAAAAUGAAGUGUUUUACCACAUAUGCCACAUCCAGAAGCAACUUAUAUCAGUAUAUUUAGAUCUGGGAAGGAGAUAUUUACUCGAUCAUGACUUUGAAUGCAAAAAGAACCAACAAGUACUGGAUUCUUCUAAUUGAUACUUGUGAAAAAGAAAGACUUUGACAUAGUGCUGCAAUGAUUCACAUCCGUCACGAUAUGAUACGUAUCACGAUAAACAUAACGAUAAAUGUCUCGCGAUACGAUACAUAUCACAGUACAUUUAUUUUGCAAAUAAUCAAUGAAAUAUAUUAAACACUAUCUAUUUCUUGUAACAUAGAAUCCAAAAUAUUUCUUAAUAUUUUAUUUAAAUGAAGCAGGUGGUUCUUAAAAAUCAAUUCUAAGCAGUCGCUCGACAAUAGCGCUUCGCCGCCAUUCUGGUUUUGGGCCAUUCUUCACCGAACCGUAAUAUUUCCACCGCAAUAUAUUUUCCCACAGAUUACCAUUGCAGCACUACUUUGACAACCUUUUUUUUUUUUUAAAUUUUGGCUGAGAUUUUCAAGAAGUGUUGAUGAAAAAGAAAUAAAUUCCUGUCUCUGUUAAAAGAUAAUAAUUAAAAUAUUGUGAUGCAAUUGUUUCUUUCCAACAUUUCCAGCCUGCAUAUCAAACAUUAUAUUGAAAUGUGUACAUUUAUUGUUUUGUUUAUUGUUGUGUCGAAUUAUCAAUAUGUCCAUAUUUUAAGUGAUGACUUUAUCCAUAAAAAUCAAUCAACACAAGCCAUAUCAUUUACAUAAAGUAAACUUGUAAUUCAAAAUAUGUAUUUAUUAACGAUUUCUGCUGAUGUGUAAAAUUUAGCUUCUUCCUUUUAGCUUCGCCAUAGCUAAAGUUUACAAUGUUGUCUUGCCAAAUUAAUCUAGUCAAUUGUAGCUUGGUUUAGUUCUGACAAAGCGUUGCCCAAUUAUGCAAAAGUUUUGUUACAAUUGUAAAAUUAUUCUGUCUUGCCAAGUAUAGCUGGUCAUUAAAAUCUCAUCUAUGCUAAUUCACGUACAUACUUUUAAAAGGUGCCAACAGAACUAUGCAGUAUUUGGAAGUUGGAAUAAUAAAUGUAAAUAUAUACUGUAGUUAUAAAAAAAAGACAUAGAUAUAGGUCAAAUCUACCCAUAAGACAUAAAAUAUAGGUCAAAUCCAUCUGUUAGACAUAAAAUAUAGGUCAAAUUCAUCUGUUAGACAUAAAAUAUAGGUCAAAUCCAUCUUAGACAUAAAAUAUAGGUCGAAUCCCUCUGUUAGACAUAGAAUAUAGAUUAAAUCCAUAUGUUAGGCAUAAAAUAUAGGUUGAAUCAAUCUGUUAGGCAUAAAAUAUAGGUCAAAUCCACCAACAAAAUAUGCCAAGUCUAGUCAGUGAACCGGUAGUAUGUAUACUGCAUGAUCAAAAUAAUUUACUAUACAGUUCAAUUUGUAAAUGUCCCAUCUUUAAUUUAUAAGUACACAUAAACACAUUUAGAUUUUAAGGUUUUUCUAUUUUAUUCUGUUCUUUUAAAAAUGUUUGUAAAGAUCUUUCAUUAUUCUAUAAAAUGCGUCAUUUUGAGUUAUAGGUUAUUGAAGGUUUAUGUAUCAAAUUUGCUGUUUAAAAGUGAUUCAUUGAUGUUUUGUAUGCGUUUCAUAAAACUUCAGUUUGUGUUCAAAGGAAAAAACUUCUUGUUGUAUUGUGAUAAAUGUUGAUUGAUCAUCUAAUAAUGCAGGGCUGGUCAACGAGUAAUUUUGCAGGGUUUAUGAAUUUGUUGAUAAUUUGAUUAUAGAUGAUCCCUGAUUUUCUGCAGAAAGUCAGACAGUGAAAUAAGCUGGAGAUAGGUAUGCAUAUUUUGGUGAUACGUUUGUGACAACAGUCUUGCCAAUAUUUGAGUUGAGGAGCAGGGAUAGUGCAUUUAUAUAAAGUAAAAUGUUGAGUCCUUUUUUUAUGUCAGUUUGUAGUAGUUUAGAGAACUUUGAUUUUCAAAGGCAAAUCUAGUCAACUUGGUGCAAUUUUAUUUUGCCUUUAAUCUGUUAACUGAAGGUGCUUGAUUUAAGAAUCACUAGUUGUCUUGCCAAACGUAGUCCAUGUUUAAUUUUGAAAAGAUGGAUAUGUAGUUGUCAGGUAAAUUAACUUAUCUCAAAUGUUGAUUUUCAUUCUUUAAUCUUUCUCUAAUUAUAAGAAUUUCUUAAUACUCUAAAUGUUUUUCGUAAAUGUUCAACAAAAUACUCCAAGAAUAUUUACCAGAAUUUGGUAUACUAGGAAAUGUUCACCUCCAAUUUAAUUGUUUUUUGUUAUUUCACUAUGACCAUGAGUGAAGUUGUUUUCAAAGGAAGACACGAAACUUCACAAAUGUGAUUCCCGCCACAUGACCUUGGACAUGAUGAGGGAGCUUCUAUUUUGUAGCUAGGGAACAAUUUAGUAAGUGGGUUUUCCUGUUCUAUAUAUAGUACAAAGAUUAUCUGUGGAUACUAUUAGAUAAAGGGUUUUCCUGUUCUAUAUUUAGUACACAGAUUAUCUGUGGAUACUAUUAGAUAAAGGGUUUUCCUGUUCUAUAUAUAGUACACAGAUCAUCUAUGGAUACUAUUAGAUAAAGGGUUUUCCUGUGCUAUAUAUAGUACACAGAUUUUCAAUGGAUACUAUUGAAGAAAGGAUUUUCCAGUUCUAUAUAUAGUACACAGAUUAACUAUGGAUACUUUGCUACAUGAUUGAAGCUACUCUUAGGGUGAUGCAGUCUUUGUGAUUAUUGCCUACAGUAUUACUGCAAACAAUAUCCAUUCAAUUUUUUUCUCUAGUCCUUAGAUAUAGUCUUGUAAGAUAUAUUUGCUUAGUUUUGCCAAAAGCAAACAAGGUGCUUGAAUUUCGUUUUUUUUCUUUCUAAAUUGUAUUUUAAAAGAGGUUUGAAUUAAUUUUAAGAACCUUUAAGCUAAAACCAAACCAGUUCGUUGUGUACAACGUAGUGUUGACAGCAUAAAUCCUAGUGUUGACAUUAAAAUCAAAAUAGGUAUCAUGUUCUCGUGUUGAGAAAGGUUUCACUUUAAUGCCAAAUGCUGCACAGGAAUGUAUCUACUAUAUCAACACUCAUUACAACACUGACAAAUGCAUCUGGUUACUAUUUAUAGAAAAAACUAUUUAGCUCCUACUCAACUAUACCAACAAUGUGUAGCACUUAAAAAGUCGAAAGUGGGGGAUAGCUUCCAUUUAUUUUGAAUUUCAGAUAAAUAUAUUGACUAAAAAUAUCAAAUGCAUACAUACUUCAGUAAAGUUUCUUGGUUUAGAAUCCUUAGAUACCAACCCAUACAUUGUUGAUGGUAAAAAGUAGGGGUCGCUGUAUAAUUUUUGCUAUAAACACUAACCAGGUGCAGACAGCUAUGGAUACAGGCUAUUGUUACAAGGGUGCUUUUGUUUCUUGUCAAUUUCAGCAUUCAGCAUAAUUUGUCAUAGUCAUAGAUUUUUUGAUUUUUUUUUUGGCGUACAUAUUGCCAAUAGAUAUACUGCACUUCCUGUGUUCAAUGUGUAGCACUGCCAGUCAUGGUCAUAUCUGUAAAAGGAAUUCAUUAAUUUUGCCUUUUUAUGCCAAAAUUCUUCAGGUAAACUUUUUUAUAAGUCAAAUGUAAAUGUUUCUAUGGUCAAUUUGGGCAGAGAUUUGAUUAAUAAUCUUGUUUGUGUGUUUCUAUUAAGAUACUUUUUGUAACAUGGAGGCAACUUAUUGUAAAAGGCCAACAGCUAUUUAAAGCAAGACAUCCUUUUCCAUAUGCUAAUGUAUAACAAAUGGCUGCUAAGGGAGAUAACUGUUACUUACCUGCCAUCUCAAGGAAAUUAGCUGGAAAUUAAAUGGAGGUAACUGGUGUUUGCAUGCUAAGGGAGAUAACUAGGGAUUUACCUUCUAUCUAAGGGAGACAACUAGGGAUUUACCUUCUAUCUAAGGGAAGUAACAGUUGUUGGCCUGUUGUCUAAGGGAGAUAACUGGUGUUGGCCUGCUGUCUAAGGUAGAUAACUGUUGUUGACAUGUUGUCUAAGGGAGAUAACUGAUGUUGACCUGCUGUCUAAGGUAACUGGUGUCGACAUGUUGUCUAAGGGAGAUAACUUGUUGACCUGCUUUCUAAGGGAGAUAACUGGUGUUGGUCUGCUGUAUAAGGGAGAUAAUUUUUAUGUUUCAGUCUUUCAAAGAAAACUGUUACUGUUGUCUGUUUUUGUUGUGUUGCUGUAAGAUAAAUGUUAUAAUACCUGAACACCUUACCUACUUAAUUGCUGGUCCAACAAGAUAUUAAUGUCGGCAGUAUUUCUCAGUAAAAUACACAUCAUUCAUCAUAUGUUUAAUGUAAGAUAGAAAUUUAUUGUAAAGGGUAAAUUCUCUUGUACACAAACUAUGCCCUAAUACUUAUUCAGUCAUACUCCUGGCAAUCCUGAGCUGCUGCUGUUACCACAAAUAUUUAACUAAGCAGAACAAGCAGUCUUUUAGUCCAUUCUUAAGGACUUUUAUGAGGUAUUUUGCCUGGAGAUUGAGCCCCUCAGUACAGACUGUUGUGAGGCAUUUAGUCUGGAGAUUGUGCCCCUCUGGGUUGUUGUAAGGCAUUUUGUCUGGCGAUUUAGCUGCUCAGUAGGGGCUGUUGUGAGGCAUUUUCUGCGGAGAUUUAGUCCCUCAGAACGGGCUGUUGUGAGGUGUUUCCUUUGGAGAUUGUACCCUUCAGAAUUAGCUGUUGUGAGGCAUUUUUUCUAGAGAUUGAGCCCCUCAGUACAUGCUGUUGUGAAGCAUUUAGUCUAGCGAUUGAGCCCCUCAGUAGGGGAUUUUGUGAGGUGUUUUGUCUGGCGAUUGAGCCCCUCAGUAGGGGCUGUUGUGAGGCGUUUUCUAUGGAGAUUGAGCCGCUCAGUACUGGCUGUUGUGAAGUGAUUUGUCUGGAGAUUGAGCCCCUCAGUAGGGGCUGUUGUGAGACUUUGGUCUGGAGAUUGAGCCCCUCAGUACAGGCUGUUGUGAGGUGUUUUGUCUGGUGUUUGAGCCCUCAGUAGGGGCUGUUGUGAGGUGUUUUGUCUGGCGAUUGAGCCCCUCAGUAGGGGCUGUUGUGAGGCGUUUUCUAUGGAGAUUGAGCCGCUCAGUACUGGCUGUUGUGAAGUGAUUUGUCUGGAGAUUGAGCCCCUCAGUAGGGGCUGUUGUGAGACUUUGGUCUGGAGAUUGAGCCCCUCAGUACAGGCUGUUGUGAGGUGUUUUGUCUGGUGUUUGAGCCCUCAGUAGGGGCUGUUGUGAGGUGUUUUGUCUGGUGUUUGAGCCCCUCAGUAGGGGCUGUUGUGAGGUGUUUUGUCUGGUGUUUGAGCCCCUCAGUAGGGGCUGUUGUGAGGCGUUUUCUAUGGAGAUUGAGCCCCUCAGUACUGGCUGUUGUGGGUAUAUGUAUUGUAUAUAUGAUAUUAUUGACAAUGAGUUUCUCAUGUUUUUACCAUCAAUAUUUUAUCUUUUCAUCAAUUCAUACAUUCAUUAUGAUUUUGUCGGGAAUCUUCAUUGUUGUUGUUGGUAAAAGUAAGCAGAUUUGAUCAAUCACAAAUCUGUAGAAAUUGAAAAUUUGUCUUGUCAUAAAAUUUAAGUGCAUUAAAAAUCAUAUUUGUGUAGUUUUUAAUUAAGAGAUAACUGAUUGUGAGGUCUGUAUAGACUUGGAUGUGAUCAUCUUGGUGUGUCAUUUGUAUAUUUUGCAUUGCUUAUUUUCACAUCUCACAAUUUAUGGUAGUUCAUUGUUCCAUUGUUAAAUAAUAUGAUUCAUUAUUUUAUUGUAUAUUUUUGUGAUAAACAAUAUCAGAAGAUUGAAAUAUAUUCUUCAUAUGUAUUUGAAUGUGUAUAUCAGUGAAUUUGAGGUAAAGUGAUGUUUAUUCAGAGCUAAUGAAAACUUUAAAAAUGAGUUGGCUGGAAAUUAAUUUGCAAGUAAUUAGGUCAUUAUAAAAAGGUCAAGGUCAUAACUAAAAAGUAAGAAAUUAGUUGGUUACCAGGUAAAGACAAAGUAGUAAAUGAUUGGUUUAUUGAAAAAUGAACAGUUAAUGUAACCUAGAUAAUUGAAACCUUAACAGUUGAUAAAUAAGUAAAAGGUCUUUGAAAACUUAACUGUGAAAAAUUAGGUCAAGGUCUUUGAAAGCUAAACAAUUAAUAAGUCAAGGUCAUUGAAAACUUAUCAGUGAUUGAUUAGGCCAAGGUGUUUGAAGCCUAAACAGUGAAUAGGUCAAGGUCAUUGAAAACUUAACUGAAUAUUUUAGGUAAAGGUCUUUGAAACCUAAACAGUGAAAAAACUAGGUCAGGGUCUUUGAAAACUGAACAGUGAAAAAAUUAGGUCAAGGUCUUUGAAAACUAAGAAGU